UGCGAAGAUGACAGUUUGGUGGCUUUUUCUGACGCUCAGCUGUCUGAGUUUCUCUGCUGGACUGCAGAAAUUUAACAAAUACGAUGGUUACAAAGUGUACGAGGUAUCAAGGAAAGCCCGUUCUGCCGCUUUGGAACUAACUCUUUCCGAAUUGGUCAAGAAUGAGUCAUAUUAUGAGGUGUUCUCCGGCUUUAAAGGUGGCAAUUCAGUCAAGGUUAUGGUGCAUCCCGACGAACAGGUAAACUUUGUGAGACUGAUGGGUGAAAAUAAUGUGGCCUACGAUAUUGUCAACCGGGAUGUGGGCCUCACUCUGAGGCGCCAAUUCGAAACGGAUCGCAUGUUGCGCCAAUGGUUCCCCUACAAUGGAAGAUUGGGCACGGAAAGGUACUACUCGCAUGCUGAGAUCAACCAGUUCAUCGAGGAUUUGGCUAGGGAUAAUCCCCGUAGGGUUUUUGUUAAAACCGUGGGCAAAAGUUACGAGGGUCGGUGGUUGAAAACAGUGACAAUAACCAAUGGAGAUGCGAGGCGUAACAAGAAUGUGAUCCUUGUGGAUGGUGGCUUCCAUGCGCGCGAGUGGAUCUCUCCAGCAGCUGCGGUUCAUCUAAUCAAUGAACUUGUGGAGAAUUUCGAAGGUAAUGCGGACCUCCUGCAGGACUUCGAUUGGGUUAUCCUUCCCGUGGUUAAUGCCGAUGGCUAUGAGUUCACCCAGACUUCACCCGAUAAUCGUUUCUGGCGGAAGACCCGCCAACCCAGCAGCUCCGAUUGCAUCGGUACCGAUCCCAAUAGGAACUUUGAUUUCCACUGGAAUGAGGAGGGCGCUUCGGAGGAUCCGUGUAAUAACACGUACGCCGGAGCGAAGCCUUUCUCGGAACCGGAGGCUCUGGUGGUGAGGGAUCUCAUCCAUAGCUUCGCGGAUCGAGGAAAAAUGUAUCUCACCUUGCAUUCCUAUGGCUCACUCAUCCUAUACCCCUGGGGUUGGACAGCAGAUGUUCCCGAUACCGUUGACGACCUGGAGGAGGUAGCUGCAGAAGGGAAAAAGGCUAUACACGAGGCCACAGGCACUGUUUAUAAGGUAGGACCCUCAACGACUACCAUAAAUUACGCGGCUGCUGGGGCAAGUGAUGAUUACGCCUUCAAUGCGGGCUUCCCGAUUUCUUUCACCAUGGAACUGCCCUUUGGUGGGGCAGAUGGAUUCGAUCCUCCAGCUUCGGAUAUCGAUCGAUUAGUUAGGGAGACCUGGAUCGGCAUUGCGGCCAUGGCACGGAGAGUGAUACAAAAGUAUCCCCUUGCAUAACUUUGCAAAACGUGCUCUUAUGAAUCAUCUAGAGUUUAUAAUUGGCUUCGCUAAUUUGAUUAAAUUGCUUUUAUGGCUUA